CGAGAGCUUUUUCUACACGAAGCUUACAUGUCUUUCGCCAUCUUUAAAAGUGAUUUUUGCUCUUGCGACUGUUUUGUGUGGAUUUAAUCAGAAAUUGUAACCUGGCAUUUCGUGCAAAUAGCCAUCAAUACUCGUUUUGCGUGUUUCGAAAACUGCAAAACUUAAAAUACUUAGAAGAAGAAUCAACUAAAAUAUUGAAAGUGAAGAAUUGAUAGUGGUUUUGCUUCUCAAGUUCUGCGAGUCAGAGAUUGCUCCUACCAUUGUUCAACACACGUUGUCUUGAAAAUCAAAUAAAAAGAACAACCAAUAUUUUGGAACAAUUUAAUAUCCAAGAAUUAUACAUCAAAAUGACUGAUUCAAUGAAAUUUGGGCCAGAAUGGCUUCGCAAUAUGUCUAAUGACACCGGCACGGGAACAGGGAAUUCCGCCCAACGCCAUCAAUUAGCAGAGUUCCGAUAUGGCAGAGAGGAGAUGCUCUCAUUAUUUGACAAAAACAUUAAAAUCCCGGAAAUUCUGCCAAAGUUCAAAAAUCUAUUCGUGGAAAAAGUGCAGUGUCCACUUGCUUUGACACCCACUACUGAAGAUGAUUUACGCGUGUGGCAGGUGCGAAGUUCACCAGGACUAGGGCUUCCCAGUCGCGGUCUACGUGGAGGCCUGAUGGAUCGGGGCCGUGGGCGAGGACGAAGUUCAUAUCACUCUCUUGGUGGCUACCAGCGUUCUACCUCGCUUUAUGACGAUGAGGGAAGGAUCAUUGGCCGCGGCGAACGAUGGCCUGAACGCAAUGGGACUGAUACUAGUGAUUGGAAUGGAUUGUCUUCGACUAGUCCACGAAAAGACUACAAUUCACACGUUCGUGGUGGCAGUCAAGAGAAUUGGCGACGCAGUAGGCUAGAGGAAGAAACGCCAGAAGGGUGGCGCAGUACUUCAAUUUCUGGUGCACGUGAAAAAUGGGCUCGUUCUACGAGUUGGCGAGAAGAAGAACCUGGUGAGCUAUCGUCACUGCGAGGAUAUAACAGUGAUCGUGGAUUUGGCAGUGGAACGAGAAUGAUUCCUACUGGAACUGGUCGAAAGUUCUGGGAUCAAGAUGACAAUCUACCCGAGUGGGCAAUGGAAAAUCCGCUAGAGAGUGGAGGAAGUUUUGAUGCUACCGGUGCUUUUCAUGGAUCAAAUGAGGAAAUUGCAGCCAAAGAGGCAGCUGAAAAUAACAUAGAAGUGUCACCAAGUAAAAAUCGUCGAAAAAACAAUAAACCUGGUUCAUCCUAUUCCGGGUCAGAUAAUAAUGAAAAUGAUUCAGAAAAAAGUGGAAACGAUGAAGGAUUUGUUAAGGAUUCUGGACCAGUGAGAGAAAAUGGUGAGGAAAAAGAGAAAAAUGAAAAUAUUAGAGAAAAAGUUUUGGCCUCGAAAGAGGAUUCAAUGAGUUUAAAUCCAAAUGUAACAACAGUAAGUCAGGAAAAAGUUGCCACUGUAAUUGUGACAACUUCUACGACAAUCUUUGCUUCAUCCAUUGUGACCACUACUGAGGCGAGGUGCCAGAAAAUUGGUCAAGAAUGCGAGAAAGAUCCACCACCUGGGCAGAUGAAAGAAGACAGUGUUGAAAUUUCGAGUGUAGAUCGAAUGCAAGAAGUAGCAGAUGAUAUGGUGGAGAAAUUGAUAAUGGAAGAUGAACUAGUGGCAUCGAUGGCAGUUCCUAAUGCCGGAGCAUGUUUAGUGGCAUCUGUUAGAAAUAAAAUGCAUUCGCCUAUGGUUAAAGAAGCACCAACUCCCGUUCCCAUAGCUGCACCACCAUUGCCUCCUAUUCCUCAAGAGUCUGACAGCAAUCUUAUUUGGUUUUAUCGAGAUCCCCAGGAUAUGGUACAAGGUCCAUUCACAGCUAUUGAGAUGGCUGAAUGGUAUCAAGCAGGAUACUUUGAUGAUAAUCUCUGUGUAAGACGUAUGGGUGAUCAGAGAUUCUCAAAAUUGGGUGAAUUACUUGAGUUAUGUGGUGGUGAAAUGCCAUUUUUUGCUCCUUAUCGGAUACUUCCUCAACAGAUUAAUGAACACCCAUUAACAACUUCGGUCAAUCUCUUGGAUGAUGCGUCCGUCGCAAUGAACUUCCAGAUGCUUCGUCAACACUACAUCAUUCGUCAACAGUCAUUAGUUUAUCAGAAACUUUCCACUUCAGAUUUUUGGCAUAUGCUAUCUGCUGAACAGCAACGUGAAAUGAUCAAUAAGCAAGUGGCUCACAUUGGAGUCCCAGAUAACAUUUAUUCUCUACUUGCUUCAAUGCCCGCAGAUUCAACGGGGCCUCACAAUCACCCUAUGGGUCUGCAUGAACUUGUGUCAGGAAAUGGUGGUUCUUUUGGGGCACAAAAUAAAAUGCUACAAAUGCAGCAGCAUCCUCCAACAGCUAAACUUUUAAAUUCUACGCAUCAACCACAACAACCAUCAACAGCUACCAUACACCCCAUAGGUCCUUUCGGUGGCUCACCCCAUGUUUCUGGGCAAGGAUUUCCACAACAACCUUCUAAUCCUCCAACACCAAAUGUUCCUGGAAUGCCACAAGCAGAUGCUAUGAAGCAAUUCCUUCAGAACAUGAAUAUUGGAACUAUGAUGCAACAGCAAUCGAUGACUGCACCAAUGAGCAGUCAUCGUGUGCCAAUUGUGCCUCAAAUACAGUCUAAAAAUGAUCAGCAAAGCCAGAAUGAUCGGAUAAAGUCGCUCAUAUUGCAGCUAAGCAUGCAAAAGGGAAUGUCUCAAGCGUCACCAUCUGAGCCGGGUGCUGCAAAUCAGUGGACAACAAUUCAGGUGCCUCCAGAAGAUAUUUUGACUGCAACUUCUCAGAAGCAGCCACAUUGGAUGGGUGGCGGCAUGCACGUUGAGCAACAAGGACGUGGGAUGUGGGAUUUAUCAUCAGCAGGUGCACAGGCCCAACAGCAGUCUUUACAAAUACCACUAAACAGUGAAAUGAAGACGGAAAAGCAUAUUUUGGAAGAACAGCAAAUUACACGGACAAAAGAAGAGCACAGCGGUGAGGAUUUCUUUGAUCAGCGUCCAUUGUCACCAGAACAGCAAAAUUUUUCUAGAGAUGUCAAACAGGAAAUGCAGAAAGUCAAUAAGGGCAAGGAAGAAAAAAAGUACUGUCCCAGUGAUGUUAAGAAGGUAGAAGAGAAAGUGAAAAGUCAGUCAGUCCAGGAUGAAAAAAUUGCCAAAGUGAAGAAAGUGGCAGAGCCAAAGAAUCAAGUGAAGUCCAAGGAGGAGGAUAAACGGCGUGAGGAUGAGAAGAAAAAGGUUCAGAAAAAAAUACAUGAUGAGGAGAAGAAAAAACCCAGUGCACAAGAGGAGAAGAAGGAUAUAACAGAAGUGCCCAAAAAAGUACCAAGUGGAAAUACAAAAAGUAUUUCUCAAGGCCAGGCAGUGGGUAAAAAUAAAACAUCCAAAUCAUCAGUGGCUCCGUGGUCCAAUAGCGAUCUUGCGGCUCCUGAAUUGAGUUUGGCAGAGAUUCAAAAGGCAGAAAUGGAACAUCGAGCGGAGCAGUCGCGCUUUGAACAUAUGCUCCGUGAACAGCAACAACAGCAAAGAUUGAUUGAAAUGCAGUCGGCAAAGGAAAGUGUCCUGCCUAAAUGGAAUGCUCAAACAUUGGGAACACCAGUAGUAAAAUCUCUAGCAGAAAUUCAGGCUGAGGAACAAGCAAAAGCAGCAGCUGCUGAACGAGAACACCAGAUGUCUGUGCCGGUAACCAAUCAGGGGAAUACCGUGGCUCCCAAAGGUUCCAUAAAACGAGAGGAAGCUACUGCAUUGGCACUGGGUUCUAUCUGGAACAACACAGCACAAAGUUUGUCCUGGAAUUCCGGUAAGCUGUGGGGUGGUACGAGCAGUAGUGGUUUCUGGGAAGAACCCACUAAGUCUACUACCACUUUUACUACGACCGCAGCGACGACGGGUGGAACUCCAUCGGUUCAGAAAGCUCUCGCGAAGAGUCAGACAAUGACAAAUAUUCAAACUGCCAAGACUAGCACACCACCAAGCACAAAUACGGUUCAUAAGCAACCUUCCAAGCAAACUAAAUCGGCGAAUUCUGCCAGUAGUAAGAACCAUCCAGGAGCUACUAUUAAAAAUUCUCCUGGAGCAUCAGGAAAAACUACAUCUACACGAAAGGACGAUGGCGGGAUGGAAUUUACGACAUGGUGCAUCAAAGCUUUAUCCGCAAUAAAUAGCACAGUCGAUAUUCCUACUUUUGUGUCUUUCUUGCAAGAUAUUGAGUCUCCAUAUGAAGUGAAAGACUACAUUCGCAUGUAUUUAGGAGAGACAAAAGAGUGUUCUGAAUUUGCUAAGCAAUUCCUGGAGCGGCGAAGCAAAUAUAAAAAUCAAAUUCGUGCUCAAAAUGCGCAUGUUGAUGAUAUGUGUGUUCCGGCGCCGGCAAUAACGCCAUCAACAGAUUGCCAAGAAGUUAAGGGGAAAGGUAAGAAAGUAAAAAAAAAUAAAAUGAUGAAACUGGAUUCCCGGAUUUUGGGGUUUUCUGUGACGGCAGCUCAAGAUCGUAUUAAUGUUGGCGAUCGUGAUUAUCCGAAUGCUUCCUAAAUAUCCUCGAUAUUUAUUUCACAGAUGAGAUAAAGAGAGAAAAAAAAACAGAAUUAUAUAUAUAUAUGUAUAAAUAUAUAUAUAUAUAUAUAUAACAUUUAUGACUUUAUAAACAUAAAGAAUAAUGAAAAAUACUUUCUACUGAGACAUUAUUUUCACAAGCACUUCAAAAUGGGCUACUGAGUCUUCUUUAUUUUUUUGGUUUUUUUUUUCAACUAAUAUCGAAGUCAGUCUUUUUCGCUUUUUAAAUAUAAAUUGUUUUUCCGAAAGUAGUGUUCCUAUAUUCUGAGUAUUUUUUUCGACCUUUUUAAAAUAAAGAUAAAUUGAACAAUCCGAGUGCGGGAUAUUUUUUUUCUAUCAUUCAUGUUCAUAGAACUUAACUAAUUAGGCAGAGAAUGCACGUUUUUAAAUAAUGCAAAUAGUUAUGAAAAAAUGUCAAGUAAAAAAAUUUUGUGCCUAUGUAGAAAAAAACAUUAACUUGUAAAUAAAUUUAAAAAAAAAAAGAA